AUGGCUGAACUAUCCUCAGUGUUUAACAAAUGUUUGUCGCACCAAAUCAACAUACGAUCUCAAGGUGAGCACGAAUUGAAGAAUUUCGAAGAAAACCUAAACUUCCCUAUCAUUCUCUAUCAGUACUUCACAAAUCCUCAGUUUCAAGCGCCAUUAGCUCAAUUUGCAGCAGUCGCAUUCAAGAAUUUCAUAAUUAAAAAAUGGUCUCCUGAAGAAGGAGCACCAAUUUUAGACGAGGUAAAAGCCCAAAUCAGAAGAGUGGUCUUUGGCGCUAUGCUGACCACCCAGCCAGCAGUUUCUAGUCAGCUGAGAGAGUCAAUUGCGCAUAUCGCAAGCCAUGAUUUCCCAGCACAGUGGCCAGAGCUCUUAGAUUACUUGUACCAGGGGCUGAAUUCAGAGAGUUCUUCAAGAGAAGCGAUUCAUGCGACUCUGCAGACUUGCCACAAGCUUUUUAUGUCUAUUUAAGCUUAUUUAUAUUAUUUUUAAAUUAUAUCAAAUAAGUCUUUAUUUAUUAUAAAUAGGUAUAAGAGAUAUAGGUUCUCAUUUAGAUCUGAUGAACUGUGGCUUGAAAUAAAACUUGUAGUAGACAGGCUAUUCCCAGUAUACUACGCAGUCGCCCAAAACCUGUUUUCUGCUUUACAAGGAUCAGCCACCCAGCUCGAAAUAAACCAGAAUUUAUUGACUUUUGUGCCUCUCCUAAAAGUCUUUAUUUCCCUCAAUGGCCAAGACGUGCCUCAGCAGUUUGACGACACUUUGAAGGAAUGGAUGACUCUUUUCCAUUUUUUGCUUAUCCUUUUCUAGCAAAUUGAUUAAUAAUUUCAAUAUAAAUUGAUUAUUUACCUAUUUUUAUAAAAAAGAAUACUUAUCAUAGCCAAGCUUUGACUGACGACACCAUUCUUUUUGACAUGAAAAGUAAAAUCCUCAAAUGUCUGACGCUUUAUGCCCAAAAAUAUGACGAAGAUUUUGAACCUUUUGUGGAGAAUUUCUGUAAAACUGUAUGGGAGCUGCUUUCAGCAGCUUCAGGGAGGCAGGAGUAUGAUAAAUUCAUAAGCGCUUCUUUGGACUUUUUCAGGGUGGUCACUUAUAAGCCACAAAUAGCGACCCUUAUGCAUAGUAAUCUGGGAUUGUUAUUUGGGUCAUUAAUCCUCCCAAAUAUGGUUAUUUCUGAAGCUGACGAAGAUUUGGCAGAUGCUGCUAAUAACUCAAAUACAGAUUUCAUAAAAAUGUACCUUGAAGAUGCAAAUGAAGACACCCGCAGGUCAGCUUGUACACAAUUAAUGCGAGCUUUAAUAAAACAGUUCCCUGACGACAUUAAUAGACUGGUUUUUGACACUCAGACUCAGAUUUCGGAAGCUUUUAGAACUAACCCUCAAGCUAACUGAAAACAAAUGGACGCUUUAAUUUUGCUACUUUCAGGGCUAUUUCCACUGUUGUAUACAGCGAAAAAUGGAGCUAGCUCUAUAGCGACCUCUCCACAGCAUAUUGUCCAGUUAUUUGAAAAUUUUGUGCAGCCUCAAUUAGCAAAUCCUAAUGCUUUUCCGAUAUUGAAAACAAGCUGUUUAAAAUUCAUUUAUGUGUAUAACUUGGGUAGGCUUUUAGAUGAAAAAUCAUAAAUCCUUUUGCUAGCCAAUUUUGCUAUAUAUUUUUGUUGCUCAAUUAUAAGUUAAAAGCUUGCCAAUAGUAUAUAGAAAUCAGUUUCCUCAAGAAAUGUUUGUAAUGCUGCUUAAUCAAGUCUCAGGACUAAUUGAUAAUCAAAAUGCCUUAGUUUCUUCAUAUGCAUCAGCCACCCUAGAAAGGCUUCUAAUGGUAAAAAACCAACACAUAAACCAAAACCCAAACCAAAGCCAAGAACUGCUUAUGACAAAAGACCAUUUAGCGCCUUGUCUUAAACAGCUGCUACAGUGUUUAGCAAAUGCAUCUAUGAAGCACCCAAGGAACUUAUACAUCAUGAAUGCCUUUUUCAGGGUAAUUUGGCUUGCUCAGGACACUUUUUCAGCAUUUGCAAUCCCUGCUUGUGACAUUUUUAUUGAGUAUGUGAAGCAGGUAAUGGCAAACCCAACUGACUCAGACCCAAAAUUUAAUUGGCUGGUAUUUGAAUGUUUUGCCUUGGUAAUGAUGAAUUCAAGAGGCCCUACCCUGGAUGAGAUAGAAAGUAAGCUAGAGGUGUUUAUGGCUUUAAUUAUACAGAAAUCCAAUGCAGAGCUGCUCCCUUAUGCAUUUCAAAUCCAAGCCUUGUUUAUUAGACUAAAGAGAAGGCUUUCUCAAACUAAUAUGCAGCUUUUAAACUCAGUGCUCCCUAUGAACAACUGGGAAGCUGGAAGCCGCUACUAUGCCCCCACCCUUGUAAUUUUCUUAGAAAAUGUCUUAAAAGUCCAACCAGAACUAUUGCUGAAUAACAUCCCUGAUCUAGCCGCCAUCAUAAAGCAGCUUUUCAUAAUAAAUUUAGACGCCCAAGCCUUCAGCUUAGCUACGACCCUCAUUGAAACCUACCCAGCUGAGUCUGUUUUACACCUGCUUAGAGAAAUCUACGUAAUUAUUUUUACCAAGCUCCACAGCUCUAAAGCACAAAACAUCAGGCUCAGCCAGAAAUUCCACAAAGGUGCAAUAAUUUUUAUAUCACUAUUAGUGAUCAGAUAUGGCCCUGAAGUUGUAGUAUCCUCACUAAACACCGUCCAACAAGGGAUUUUUGAGAUGCUAAUUAAAGGCGAAGUAAUUCAAAACUUAAGGGCAGUAGACACUAUUAUAGAAAGAAGAUGGGUCGCUAUAGGAAUGACCAAUAUUUUGGCAGCCAAUGCAUUAAACCCUGAUGUCUGGGGUGCUGCAUGUGUCAAUCUUUUAAAGAUGAUGGAAAUUCCGACUAAUAUCGCGUCUGGGACUAUAUAUAGUAAUGGAAGUGUGGACUUGCCAGAGGAAAAUACGUUCCAAAUGGGAAAAGACUCGUUCCAGAAGAUUUAUAGUGCGGAGGAGCCUUUGCAAGACAAGUUUAGGGAUUUUCCGAAUGAAAAGAUGUAUUUCUUGCAGACAGUGACAAGAGUGCCACAGUUCUAUAUGAUGAUAAGCCCAUACCUGGAUGAGAGCUCUCAACAAAUUUUGCAAGUUUAUUCGAAUUUAUAUGGAAUUCCUAUAGUUUAA